AUGAAAUUAUCAGCUUAUCAAAUCGAAGAAAUCAAAUAUCGACCAGGAAAAUUAAAUGCAAACCCCGAUUCAUUGUCACGUAAUACAUUACCUGAUGAUAUUGUCAAUCAACACGAAGUGUCAACAAUAGAAAUAGCUGUCAACCUGUGGCAGAAUACAAACAUUUUGAAGGACAUAAAAGAAGAACAACAAGUAGAUCCAAAAUUAAAACAAAUAAUAUUUUUUUUAGAAACAAAGACAACAACUGAUUCUAAGGACAAACGCAAUCCACACAUUCUUGUGAAUGGACUAUUAUACAAGAUAAAAAAUUCAAAUAUACAUUACAAUCAAAGAAUCAUUGGUGAGAAGCAUUUACUGGUCAUUCCAAAAACAAUGCAAAAUAAAGUGCUAGGAUGGGCUCAUGAUCACCCUACAGCUGGACAUGGUGGUCAACAAAAGACGUUAUUUAGAUUAACAACAAGGGUAUAUUGGGAGUCAAUGAAAAAAGACGUAUUUAAUUACAUUUAUGCAUGUCAACAAUUUAAAUACAAUAAUGCUCCAACGGCAAGUCCGAUACAAUUACAUGCAGUGAAUGAACCAUGGCAUACAAUCGGGAUGGACAUUAUGGGUCCAUUCCCGACUACUGCACGACAGAAACGAUUUCUUCUCGUUAUUGUGGACUACUUUACUCGAUGGAUCGAAUUAUUCCCGUUGAAUUCAAUUACAUCAAUCGACAUAACAAAUAUUCUUACGAAUGAAAUAUUUUCAAAAUACGGACUACCAAAACACAUUGUAUCGGACAAUGGUAAAUACGAUCGACAUACUACCGACAGACGAUACGCCGAAGGUGAUCUGGUAUGGGUAGCUAUUCCAACAAAACAAAUUGGUGAAAAUUCAAUAGCUGGAAAAUUACAACCUCAUUAUCAAGGUCCGUGCCGCCUGAUCAAACAAUUAACACCGAGUACAUUCACAGUUCUUCGAAUCAAUGAUAACAUACAACUUGGUGCAACAAGCACGGAUCGUCUCAAACCGUACUUCGAACCAAUUAUAAACAAGCGAAAUACGACGGUUACCGAGAACGAUCAAACAACCAACGAAAGACAAAGAACAACAACAAACAUCAAUGAUGAAUCGAUGGAUGAUGAUUUAAAUCUACAAAAUGUAAAAUAA